CUUUUCAUCUUUCAACAUCACAAAAAAAAUCAUAAAAUCUAAAAUUGCUCACAGAUUAACAGAGACCCAAAAACAUUGUGAAGACCAAUCAGACAAGCCUAAACCAAAAGUGCCAAUCACAUCCCUUUAGCUCCACCCAAAUAUGGCCAACACCACAGCCCUGGCUCCCAACAAGACGGACUGUGAGGAGGUGCGUAUCCCCAACGAGGUCUUCUUCACCAUCGGCAUGGUGAGUCUCGGCGAGAACCUUCUGGUAGUGGUGGCUGUGAUCCGGAAUAGGAAUCUGCACUCCCCCAUGUACUGUUUCAUCUGCAGCCUGGCCCUCUUCAACACCAUCUCUAGCCUCUCCAAGACCUGGGAAAACAUCAUGCUAGUAUUCUCCGAUGCUGGCCAACUGAACUCCAAGGGCUUCUCAGAGCGCCAGGUGGACGAUGUGAUGGACACCCUGCUCUGCAUGUCCUUCAUGGGCUCCAUUUUCAGUUUCCUGGCCAUCGCCGUGGACCGCUACAUCACCAUAUUCCACGCCCUGCGCUACCACAACAUCAUGACCAUGAGGCGCGCGGGAAUCAUGCUGGCCACCAUCUGGGGGCUCUGCGGCGGCAGCAGCACGAUGAUGAUCAUGUACUGCCGGGCCGCCGCCAUCAAGACCUGCUUCAUUGUGCUCUUCCUGGCCUGCCUGGUCCUGAUCCUCUUCCUCUACGUCCACAUGUUCCUUCUGGCACGGCAACAUGCCGGGAAGAUCGCCUCACUGCCUGGCAACUCGCCGCGGCAACGGAACAACAUGAGGGGCGCCCUGACACUCACCAUCCUCUUCGGGGUCUUCAUCGCCUGCUGGUCUCCAUUUUUUCUCCACCUGCUGAUCAUCACAGUGUGUCCCCAAAACCCUUACUGUGAGUGCUACCGGUCCCUCUUCCAGGUACACCUCGUCUUAAUGAUGAGUCACGGGGUCAUCGAUCCGGCUAUUUACGCGUUCCGGAGCGCUGAGCUCCGGAGCACCUUUAAAAAGAUGUUCUGCUGCUCUGACUCACGGAUGUGCAGUUGUUUUGUCUAAACACAGGCUUUUCAAAACCUCUUCAAUUCGAUUUCAUACUGACCACUCACAAUGACCAUGACAGAACAAGAAAGUGGGACAGUUUGGCAUCCAUUUUGUUUUUCUCAGAGCUGAAACACACCAUUGCACCAGCGCUGAUUGAAAGGCUUUUUUCACUUGGAUAAAAGACCCAGAUUUUCAAUCACAUGCUUGGUCACGUGGGACAUGAACAACUAAUCUCUGCAAACACCGGAAAGUCUCAUUAUUCAACAUUCUCAACAAGAGGACUUCAGAACACAGGAGUUUCAGUUGUUUUUCAUCUGUAUCUAUGUAUAUAUUUCAAGAAUAAAAAACAGGUAAUCCUCUGGGUACUCACAUGCCCACGUAAAUGGCAUGUCUUUUUGUAAGUAUCGGUCCAGUCUUAAAAUAAAGUGCAUUAUCUCCAAAACUACAUACAGUACAGACGUGGUGCAAAGAUUGAAAUGAUGAGCACAUGUGUACAAAAUGAGCAGACCCCCUGUUCCUAUGAGAGUCUCAUCCUGUAAACACACAGGACAUAUUUAUUCUGAAAAACCAUUCAAAAAUGAUUUUGUGUUUUCUUUAUUUUGUGGUGAUUGCAUGUACUUCUGAUACUGGACAAAACCAGAUUUCUUUUUCCAGUCGUACCGCAGGAUAUCUAUAACUCUUUUUGACUGAGCCCUGUAUUUCAGUCACAAGGUGUCCUUUCGGUGUCCUUUUUCUGUGUACAAAAUCUAUUCAUAAAGGUUGCUUAUCACACACACUAACAAUGAAACCACUUGGUUUUCUCUUGCUGUGCCCUCUGGCCUAUUUGUGCUCAACUAUCGGGGGAAGGAGAGGGACAGUGACAGGAAUUUUUACAUACAGGUGG